AAGGUUCUUCUAGUGAAACUAUAAAGCUUUUCCCGACUGAAAACAUUCACCGAUCUGUCAGAUGAGUCGAGCUCUUUGAGAGGCUGCAGAAGCGGUAGAAGCGUGUGCAUAUUUCGUGAUUUUCUUGACUGAGCGAGAUGGCUUUUGGGGGUGUUGUUCUGUUUUUGACUUUUUGUGCGUUUUGCGCGGCCCAAAAAGUGGGCUAUGAGUUUAUGCCGACCCUGCCUAUAGGGGUGCCGUACAGUGAAAAUCCCACUUGUAGAUUUCACAGUGAGUUGUACAGGGAGAACUUGAGGAAUUUGUCUUUGUGGGCUUAUGAAAUGCUUGACGCCACUGCAAGAUCUUCUGUCGGCGUUCUCAGAGGCAGUGUUUUCAACAUGGGAAACUUUGAUCAGUGUCUCUCCUCAAGGGCUCCUUUCGAGACCAAAUACUGUUUAGUUACAGUCAUUGCCGAUAUACCAUCACCACAGAGGCUCAGAGAAGACCCAAUCUCUCUUCAUUUCAAACCAGACGCCAAUGUCCUCCAAAGGUUGUAUAAAUACAAAGACAAAACCCAACAAUCUAGAAACGUGAUAAAUAUGGGUUGGUGUGUACCUGCAUCUUGUUCACCUGACGAUCUUGAGGGUUCUCUCAACAUGUACCUCGAAAAUGAAACCACUCUUCUAACUGAUUACAACGUAACGUAUCUUGCAAAAAUUAAUAAUCUGUUUUGUCAAUCUGAAUCCGACUUGACAUACUUUGAUGGGCUAGAUAUCUCUUUCUGCGUACUAUGUCUGGUCAUAAUUCUAUUGGUUGUUGGGGGGAGUUCAUACGAUUUUAGCAAGGUUAAGACAGUUCAAUCAAAAUUUAAGAAAAAAACAUUCACCCAGAAAAUGAUACUGGCUUUUUCUGUGAAGAAGAACUUCCUUGAUCUAACGAAAGUGGACGAAAGAAAUAAUGCCUUGAGAAUACUAUAUGGAAUUAAGACGUUUUCCAUAUUAUUGAUUAUAAUGGAUCAUAGAUUUGGUACAUUCGUAUCUUCGGCCAUCUUCAAUUUUGAUUACGUGGAAAGGCAAUACAGAUCUUCAAUAGCUUGCUUUAUUUUCCAUGGAGAUCUUUUCGUUGACACUUUCUUCAUGUUCAGUGGAUUAUUGGUCGCCUAUGGUUUACUUGGACAAUUUGAGAAAAGGAAGAUCAAUCCUGGAUUCCUAAUCAUCCUCAGAUAUAUCAGACUUACUCCAGUAUAUGCUUUCGUGGUUUUCUAUUACGCAACUCUCUUUAAUCACACUGGAAGUGGUCCCCUAUGGAAACUGAUCGCUGGUGGUGAUUCUCAGGAUUGCAGAGCGAAUUGGUGGACUAAUUUAUUGUAUAUCAGCAAUUACGUUAAUGCAGAUCAUAUGUGUAUGACGCACAGUUGGUACCUUCCAUGCGACUUUCAUUUCUUCAUCAUAGCUAUUGUGAUCUGCAUGCUCAUUCAACAUAAGAAUAAACUGGGACUGUAUACUCUGCUGGCGGUUGUGAUAGCCUCUGUGAUCAUUCCAUUCUUGAUAACUCUGUUGUACCAGAGGCCUUCCAUGCUGUUUUUCUAUCCAGAUUUCUUAACCAGUCCAAAGACGCAUCCUGAUUUUCUUAUGACGUAUAGCAAGUCCCACACAAGAGCCACACCGUAUUUCGUUGGGAUGUUUGCUGGUUAUGUGUAUAAUAAGCUGAAAGGAACAGACUACCAUAUUCCAAUGAAAAGAUCUCUGAUCAUAAUGACAGUAUCUAUCAUCUUACUCCUUGGAACGAUAUUGACAGCUGCUGUAUUCUACAAUCCCUAUCAUCCGUACAAUGCCUUGGAGUCAGGAAUUUAUUCUGGUUUACACAGGGUAGCCUGGGCUUUAGGAUCUGUGGGUCUUUUAUACGUUGCCAGCUUUGGACAUGCCAUACCAUUGAAUAGAAUAUUGACUUGGUCACCUUGGAUUCCACUCAGCAAAUUGAUCUACUCAGCAUAUCUCAUACAUAUGCAGUUUCAGUUGAGGGCAGCUGCUCAAGUGAAGACCCCUCAGAAGAUAGCAUAUUUUGACACGAUGAGCCUUGCUCUAUCCGAUAUGGUCCUAUCUUUCGUAUCUGCAUUGAUCCUCUAUUUAUGCAUUGAGGCUCCCCUGAGGAACAUUUUCAAGGAAUUGCUGAUGCCUACCAAAACUCCGACAACCCCUAAAACUACGAAAGAAAUGGUUGAAGAAGAGCCAGUAAUAGAGAAUAAUAUAGUAAGAAACAUGGUACAUUACGAGAAAGAAACUACUAGCAGACUUUGAAAGUUUUGUAGCACGCAAAUGAUGAGUGUUGUGAAUUGUAAAAAGUACAUUUUUAAGUACUAACAUUACGUGAUAAGCCUUCGUAAUCCAUAUUUUCGAAGAUAAUAUUGUGACAGAAAGUUGCGCAGUCGUUUGAAAAUUUUUUUGGUUCACCCAUAAUUCUUGAUAAGUACAAAUCAUAUUCGUUGGAUUGGAAAUACCAAACAAAAUCGAGCAAUUGACUUCAGUAUUAAAAAUAUACGUUUUAUUUCGGGUACCUAAACAAAUGAACCAAUGUAGGCAAUAAAUUAUUAUAAGAUUAUGUA